UAGAAAGAAGAUGAAGAAACCGCACGCUGCGAUCCUAAAAUAGCAAAAUUCGAUUCAUUUUCUUCUCUGUGUAUUUCUGCCGGUGACGCACCCACACAGGCGUUCAGAAAUAAAUACAUAACACAUUACGCCAAUGGAUGUAAUGAAAAAUCAACGCCGAUGCAAACUGAUAAAGGAGGACGCAAUGAAUAGAGUUUUGAUGAGACAGCAAAAACCACAAACUUCUAAGGAGAUGAAGCAAAAUCUAAAGGACCUGGGGAUAGGGGUUAAAGAUCCCCCGGGGAUCUUCCAUUCUCCCAUGGCAUGCAUUGUUUCCAAGGUUUUUAUAAAAAAUGACAUGAAGGUCAAGAAGGGCGAACGUUUGCUUGUGUUGAGAGCUCCUCUCCCUCCACCCCGAAAUCCACCUAUGUCUCUCUCGUCACCGAUGCUUGAAAGCGAUAAACGCCGUAUUAAAAAGAUUCUCAAAGAUCAGUUAAAACCAGCUCGUACUAAGAAACAUUCGGCUGCUAAAAAACGAGCUCGAGCUGCUGUUAAGAAACAUGCUGCUGAGGUGGGUGCUGCUGCAGCUGAGAAGGGUGCCGCUGCGUCUGCUCCGUCUGCCCCCGAAUAUGCAGAUAAUACCCCUAUCCCGAUGGAAACCGCUGCCUCUGCUCCUUCUGCCCCUGAAGAUGCAGAUAAUACCCCCAUCCCAAUGGAAACAAGCCCCACUGUCGAUAAAAUGGAAGCUGUGAAACUCGACGGAAUUUUCAAAAAGUUUGAUACUGUUAAGAAACGUGCUACUGCUAAGAAACGUGCUGCUGAGGUGGGUGCUGCUGCAGCUGAGAAGGGUGCUGGUCCCUCUGCUCCUCCCCCCCUCGAAGAUGCAGAUAAUCCCCCCAUCCCGAUGGAAACAAGCCUCGCUGUCGAUAAAAUGGAAGCUGCAAAACUCUACGAAAAUUUCAAAAAGUUUGAUACUGUCAUUGACCAUUCCGAUCAUUAUUUUUCAGCGCAGGCUAUUCCUGACACACAGCAGCUACCGACAGAUUGGGUUAAUAGGAUACAGCAGGAGCGGAGGAUUCUUGAGGAACACUUGCCUGACACAAUAUAUGUGAGGGUUUAUGAAUCAAGGAUGGCUAUUUUAAGAGCUGCAAUUAUUGGACAAAAGGGGACUCCUUAUCAUGAUGGUCUCUUCUUCUUUGAUGUGUGUUUCCCAAGCAACUAUCCUUGUAGCCCCCCUCUUGUGCACUAUCGCUCUUGUGGUGUUUCUGGCAUCAAUCCAAACAUGAAUAAGCAUGAUGUUCGCUUGAUCUUCCAAAACGCAAACUCCAAACAGGAAAAGAUGUGGUCGCCACGCACUUCAAACAUGCUCCAGCUUCUGGUCUGCAUACAGAGUCUAAUUUUUAAUGCAAGGCCUUACUUCAACGGGCUUGCAAAUGCAAAGCUGAGAGGAAAUGUCAACGCCGAAAGGUGGUCCUUCCUAUUCAAUGAGAAUACUGUUGUCAAGUCACUCAAAACAAUGACCUAUAUAAUGAACAAACCACCCAAGAAUUUUGAGGAUUUGGUGGUUGGGCAUUUUCACAGGCGUGUACAUGUCAUCCUAAGGGCAUGUAGAGAUUAUUGGAAUGAUUGGAAAACAGUACCGUGUCUUGUUGGUGAUGAAAAUCAUAAACGCUCAAUCAAGUUUGUGAGGGAUAUCGCUUCUUGCAGCAAGCCCCUGUUGGAAGCAUUUAACAGAAUUGGAGCAAAGGAUGCCCAAAAAUAUCUUUACCUUACCGAGUUUAAGAUUUCACGUGCAAAGGUGCCAGCCAAUGUUACUGAAGAUAUCAACAUUGCGGCGAAUGGAAAGAGAAAGAUGGAAGGAGACAACAAUGAUGCAAAUUCAAAGAAGAAGAAGGUUACUUUUGCUGAAGCUGGCAGUUCAGGGAAAGAAAAAGUUGACGUAUACUCUCGUCACAGUAAAGUGACUGUUAGAGCUCCUAUGAGCUGUAGGAUAUCGGAGGUUUUUGCUACCGUAGGAAUGCAAGUAGAGAUUGAACAACCGCUAUUUGCAUUAGAACGGACAUUUGAGGACCUUCUUAUCGAUUCGAAGAUUAAGAAGUCCAAGGCUAAGCAAUCCAAGGCCAGGAGGUCGAAGACUGCAAAGUUGAAGGAUAAAAAUUCAGCGAUGCGAAUGAUUGUGCUUGCCAAUCGGUGUUCGCGUGUUGGGAUUUUUUGUAUGGAAGAUGUGUUAGUGGAAAAGGUGCAGGAAGAUAACAACCCAAUGGCAGUGGGCCUUGGUAAAGAAGAAGUUGAUGUUCUGAAAAGCUAUGAAAACUUCAAGAAGUUUGAUCGUGUCAUGGACAUGUCUGACCAUCAUUUCUCAGCAGAGAAAUUUGCAGUGACCCCACCACCCGAAGAGUGGACGAACAAGAUACAUGAAGAGUGGGUGAUGCUUGAGAAUCAGUUGCCUGAGACAAUAUUUGUGAGGGUUAAUGAAUCGAGGAUGGAUCUUUUAAGAGCUGUAAUCAUCGGACGACAGGGGACCCCUUAUCGUAAUGGUCUCUUCUUCUUUGAUGUGUGCUUUCCAAGCAACUAUCCUGAUAGCCCGCCACUUGUUCAUUAUCACUCUGGUGGUCUUCGUAUUUGCCCUAAUCUGCAAAAGUGUGGUAAAGUUGACUUGAGCAUACCCAAAACAACUGGCGGCCAGGAAACGACGUGGGUCCCGGGCACUUCAACUAUUCUCGACCUUCUGGUUUCCAUACAGAACCGGAUUUUGACAACUAACCCACUAUACAACAGCCUUACAUAUGCAAUAAUGAGAGGCUCUGCCUAUGGAAAUUUGGCUUCAGAAUAUUACAAUGAGAAUAGUAUUGUAAAAUCACUCAAAACAAUGGUACAUGUCAUGAACAGACCACCAAAGAGCUUUGAAAAGUUUGUGGUUGGGCAUUUUCACAAUCGUGCACGUGCUAUCAUGGUGACAUGCAGCCGGAGGACCCCUUCAAUCACGUUCAGGAAUGAUUUAGCUUUAUGCAAGAAGCUCCUACUAGCUGCAUUCAACAAAAUCGGGGCAGAGAUACCUGAAGAAGUUGGUCCAUCAAGUUGAGAAAAUCCCCCUGCAUUUUGUAUCUUGGAUGGAUGGAUAAUUAAUGAUUUGUUGUUUUUAGGCCAUUAGUAUAUUGCUUUAUGAAAUUGGUUACCGAUAUGAACAUAGAAAAUAAGCAAUGGGAAUACGGGCGGUUUUGAAUAUAAAAUUGGCUACUGCAUUUUGUUGCUAUUCGCUCGAUUCUUAUGGAUUUUGAAGUUUAGUA